CACGGAGCGGGACGUUCUGAAUUGAAUUGCGGAAGUCUCUAGCAUUAGCUGGUAGAGUUGUUGUACUGCUGUUUUUAGUUGUUUGUUGACAAUAAAUAAUCCAAAAUUCGUUGAACAUGGUGGGAGACGGGUUGUCCAUCCAGUAGGUUCACGUAUAUCCAGGUCUGGAGGCACGCAGUCACAUCAGGCUCCAGCCCCUGUAAGAGAUGGAGGAGCUCUACACCUUAGAGAGGGAGGUUGGACGAGGCAGCUAUGGUGUGGUCUUCGAGGGCCAUAUGGCCAAAACGGGACAGAGGGUGGCCAUCAAGCGGUUGCCAUGUAGCAACCCGGAAUGCAUUGAACUCUACCUGCAAGAGCUGUGGGCCAUGAGAGCCACGGCCAAGAACCAUGUCAAUGUCAUUGCACUGCACAGCUGCCUCCUGCAGACCGGGCCAAGGAGCCUGAAGCCCCUCAGACCAGGUCAGCUGCCUCCACGUCUAGUCGAGAGUGUGCUGAAGGGCAGUACACUCAAAGCAGCACAAUCUCAGGAGAGGAACGACACCCAGCAGAGUAGUAGCUCUGUCUCAAGGCUUCAGGACAGGACAAACACUCUUCAGGACAAGACUAAACCAAGUGCAUCUGAUUCUACAACCCCGAUGAGGCCUCAGAACAGAACCAGGAAGAGACCUGCCCCGACGGAGGAAGAGCAGCCGACGACACCCCUGCGCCACUUGGCCCUGUGGCUGGUGAUGGAGUACUGUGAUGGGGGCGACUUGAAUCAGUACCUGCUCUCCAGGCCACCAGACUGCCAGCGUAACCACAGCGUGGUGCGACAGCUCUGCAGUGCCGUGGCCUUCCUGCAUGGUUUGGGUAUCACCCACAGAGACCUGAAGCCUGACAACGUGCUGGUCUGCGUGACACAGAGGGGCCCUGUUGUCAAGGUGGCAGACUUCGGUCUGAGCAAGAUGAGUGAGGGUCAAACAGACGGUGAGCUGACCAGGCAGCACUUCUCCUCCACCUGUGGCUCUGACUUCUACAUGGCUCCAGAGGUGUGGGGUGGACUGACCUACACGGCCCAGGCGGACAUCUUCUCCUUGGGUGUGAUGUUCUGGGCCGUCCUGGAGAGGAUCACCUUCCUGGAAGAAGGGGCCACGCAGGAACAACUGGGUGCCUACGUCAGCAAGGGUCGCUGGUUGAUGCCUCUGGGGGAGGCUCUAUGGGAGAACGCUGACCUCCAGCUGUGCAUCCCCAUGAAGUUUAAGAGGGCGCCCCCACUGCCCCCCCCUCCCGGUCCCGCCAUGAGCUCCCUGCUCUUGGACAUGCUCGCCUCGAACCCGGACGCUCGGCCUCCAGCCGACCAGCUGGAGGCCAGAGUGAGCUCCGCUCUCAAAGAGGACUCCCACUGACAAAGUGCACUUAAGAGACUACAAUGGCUUUAACCACCGAAGCCACUAUACUGUAAUAUUGAUUGCGGUGCUUUCGUACAUGUGUAAGCAAUAGCCACUUUGCUGCCACAGGGAAGUGGGGAUAAGAAAUAUGUAUGAUUACAUGAGAUUGCAGGUGCUUUUCUUUUUGCUGAAACGGCUCGAUUUCUAAACUGUGUAGGAAACCACAUAAAGGGAAAAACACAGGAAAUUCAAAGAUAUUCAUGUCCAUACAGAGAUCUAGAGGGAGUUCCUCGAGCUUUACUUGACGUAGGAGCCAUGCUGUUGCUAAGGGCUUGAGUGCUUGACAUAGAAAAUCAAUUUAAGCAUGUACAUACGGCUGAAAUAUAAUGUAAGGGAUUACUGCUGCUGCUGCUUCUUGUCCGGGGACUCCCCAUUAUCUCAGCCUCUUUUCUGGUGAUGAAUUUUACUUGAUUUGUGGACAUUUUUUUGUAAAUAUCUUACCCAAAUAUUUCCGCCCCACACUGAUGUAGCAGGGAACUUCCGAUGUCUUAAAUAUGUACAGAAAGUGAUAAAAAUGUAUAUAUAUAUAUAUAUUUGUAGUGCAGUAGUAGUUACUGAAGUCUUUAUUGUUGUUGACACCGUGUCAGCAACGGGUGUCGUUUUAUUUUUUUUGUGGACUUAAUUUGUGUUUUUCCUCCAAAUACUUUGUGAAUAAAUAAGUUGGAGUAAAGUGUCAAAAUG